AUGAGGAGAUCGAUAAGGCCAUCCGCAGUGACUAUGCACCCAAGCACCUCUAAGAGUAGAGAGUCCAUGCCCCGGACCUCAACAUUACCCUCGAGAAAAUUAUCGCGAUCCCAUAAAGUCAGUUAUGCCGUCACAAAAGCUUAUUUGCAGACUGGAGAUUUUGAUGAGGCGAGCAGGCUUGCGGAGGUGGAGCAGGGGUUGUUCCUGGAUGGAGAUAUCAAUGUCGUAAGUCAGAUAGAAGGCACUCAAGAAAUUUUGUGUCUGUCCUACACCGAGACGUUUGAUCACUUGGGGGUGGGUCUCGCCGAUGGAACAGUCAGAUUAAUUAAUACAAAAACUGGAAAAUUUGAUACGACUUUGAGGGAUGACGAAAUGAAACAGAACCCUGGGGCAACUACUGCCAUUAAACAUCGACCUGUUCAGGGGGCGCUUCCGGUGACUCAAACCCUAUCAGCAACUUAUGUCACUGGAUGUGUGAAAUGCUGGCACUACCCCACAGCCCGUUGUCUCUACACAAUUCGUGAAAAUAGACAGACCCUAGGUCUCGCUUAUCACCCGACACUUCCGAAGUUUGUGACUGUCGGCGACGAUACGAAGUUGUGUGUUUAUGACGAGGAGACGAAGACACUAGAGCGAAUAUUACAGGCCAGCAAUGCUCCAGACACGAUGAACGGUCACAGGUCUCGAGUAUUCGCCGCUUGCUUCAAUCCUAGAUGUCCUCACGAAUUCAUCAGCGGUGGAUGGGACGAUACGAUACAAUUCUGGGAUAUUAGAGAGCCUCACUCUUCUAGAUUUAUCAGUGGAGUUCACAUUUGUGGAGAUAGCAUUGAUAUCAGUCAAGAUGGGAAAGACAUUCUCACGUGCGCGUGGUCGAAAACAGAUACAAUCCAACUAUGGGACUACAGAACAGGAAAACUUAUAACGACAUUGGAACCGGACCCCUGGGAGUCCCUUCUCUACGCUGGGAAAUAUAUCGGUAGCUCUUUCAUUGCUUGCGGUGGGUGUGACUCUAAUUUAUUCAGAAUCAUCGAUUUAACCUCGAAAACGACAAUAUCUGCGGUGAAAAAACUUCCUGGAGGGGUCUACGGCAUCGACAUUGGCCCUCCUAGUUCCAAACCGCAAAAGAGGAGCCUCAAACACCCUCCGCUACCGAGGAUCGCCUUCUGCUGUGGCAAAAGCGUCUUCGAAGUCAACGCAAAUCUUUGA